UAGAACCAGUUUUGACACAUUCCAGUAUAAUCAUGAGUGGCAUCAUCGUCAGCCUAAUUUAGUUUAGGUGGGAAAGGUCUCUACAGUUUUCUGUCAUUAUGCGUCCGCCAGUUGGAAUAGUCAUACAUUUGAGCAAAUACUCCGCUUGACUAAAAUGUGACAAACAACUUGACGCUUGGAAUGAAUUUACUUGCAUUCUUUCUUGCGGCCGUGCAAAUACACAGCGUGACGCUUGUCAUUCACACGCUCAAUUAUUUCACGACCAUCUCUCAAGUUGCAAAGCUACCAGAGUACUUGGUGAUGGCCUAUGUUGAUGGCGUUCAGAUUCUGCAGUUUGACAGCUACCACAGGGAAACGAAAGCCAAGCAUGACUGGGUGAAUAAAAUCUCAGAAGAUAAUCCGCACUUCUGGGAGAGAGAGACGGACAUCAAUAUUAUGAAUGAGCAGAUCAUGAAGGGCAACCUUCAAACCGCUAAAAAGCGCUUCAACCAAACUGGAGGUGUUCACAUGAUUCAGGUGAUGAAAGGCUGUAAAUGGGACGAUGAGACGGAUGAGGUUAAUGGUUGGGAGCACUACCGUUACGAUGGAGAAGACUUCCUAGCAUUUGAGGCGAAGACGAUGACAUGGAUCCCAGCACAGCCACAAGCUUUCAUCACCAAAAUCAAGUUGGACCAAAUGGACGGGUUUGAUAAAGUCAUGACAAUUAGCCUCACUGAGAAGUGUCCUUUCCUGUUGAAGGAGCAUUUGAGGAACGGGAGGGACUUCCUAACGAGAACAGAGCUUCCCAAGGUGUUUCUCCUGCAGAAGACGCCUUCUUCUCCGGUCACCUGCCACGCCACGGGUUUCUACCCCAGGACAUCAUCCCUCUUUUGGAGGAAGAACGGCGAGGAGAUCCACAAGGACGUGGAGAAGGGGGCGACCCUCCCCAACCACGACGGAACCUUCCAAACCUCGGUCCACCUGAAAGUGGAGGUGACGCCCGCCGCGGAGCAGGAGUACGAAUGCGUGUUCCGGCUGGCCGGCGUCUCGGAAGACAUCGUCACCAAGCUGGACGCCGGAAGCAUCCUGAGCAACCAAGCCAGGAAGCUGGAGGUGCCCAUCUUUAUCCUGUUGGCGAUGAUUUAUGUGACGGUGGUGAUGUCGAUGAUGGUGGUAGCGGUGAUGGGCCCUGCCGUGCGUCAAGAAAAGGGAAGUUGGAAGAAGCCGGUGGUCAACGCCACCUUAUGUGCGAUGAUCCUCGUUCUGGGGCCAAUGGUGAUCGGAUGUCUGGUGUGGAUGGCGGUGAUGAUGGCUGUGGUGAUGGUGGUGGUGGUGAUGUCCAAGGCCAUACAUCUCAUAAGCAAAUUAGCCAUAUACGCUCAAGCUUAUAAAGAGGUCAAGCAGAAAAGAAAAGAAGAAGAAGAAGAAGGACAAUUAAGGACACGGCAUCCAGGUUUGGAGAUUGCAGCCGGGACUCUGCAUUCCUGGGGUCACGGAUCGACCAAGGCCAUGUGGCCUCGCAACACACAACAUUAUUAGCUAGCUAAACAGCGUUGCUACAGUCACAGGUGGGGGAGCCUUCUGCCUAGUUCUCCUCGCGAGCAAAAGGAAUACUGGUUGUCUUCUCCUCUUUGUUUCCAGCGUGUAAAUUAAUGUCUGAUGGUGUUUAGACCUGUUUGUUUUCGCUCCCUCUCCCCAUCCCCCCACCCCUCCCCGGCUGGGGAGGUGGUGAGGUGACACCCAAGCUGACAGCGGCUAUCUGGAUUCUCGUGGACCAAUUCAGGAUGAGGGAACUGCAGCUUACCCUCCUCGAAGACACUUCCAGGACAAUCGAGGGCACCUCCUGCAGCUCUUUGCUUUGAAUUGGACAUCCACUUUUUGAUUGAUUUUCAUAUUAUGUAUUUUAUGUGCCCUCUGCAUUCAUUGCAGCCUGGUGAUCCUGAAAGGGGGAUCCUUCCAUCUGUUGUCCCUUCUCAAGGAAUCUAAUUUUUUUUUUCCUUGCCCUUUUGGGAGCUUAAGAUCAGGGGAUGCUUUGAGAAUAAUUGUCAAUUGUUUGUCUAUGUGAAGCCCUUUGAGACUGCUUGUGAUUUAGGGGUAUACAAAUAAACUUGACUUGACUUGAAAA